UUUUGGAAAUACCACCGAACUACAUUCCAGCAGCUAGCGCGGCAAGAACGAAAGUUUAGAAGUGCGCGGCUUUUUCAAGAGCUCUCGUUGGCAACUAGCGAUAGUCUGAUAUGGAGGCGGCGGAGAACCGUUUUGCUCAGCUGCUGAAGCCCAUCCGUGAACUGACGGAGAACUGGGAAGUGGACCUGGUGGCUCAGCUGGGAGACUAUCUGCAGGAGCUGGAGGAAGUGCAGAUCAGUUUCGAUGGGGGCAAAACCACCAUGAACUUCGCAGAGGCGGCACUGCUCUUGCAAGGCACCACAAGCAUCUAUGGCAAGAAGGUGGAACUGCUACAUCGGCUGGUGUUCCAGACUCUAGACUACAUAUCCAACAAGAACAAGAAGAAAGACAAGGUGGCGGAGGCAGCCGAGGGUGGGGACGCAGGAGAAGAAGAGUCGGCAUCUGAUGAGGUGGAGGAGCAGUUCCAGGCACAGCAAUUGAUUGAAGAGGACAUUGUGACGAGUGAAAACCAGACCACCCUUCAUACUCAACCGUCCACGGUGCUGGACAUUGCUCCCAUCCCGCCUUCAGCCCUCAUCCCGCUAGACGCACUAGAGAAGCAAGAAUUCCCCCUUCUCAAUACCAAGGGUGAGGUCCUGGGCAGCUGGAAGGACUUCCGCAUCAACGUGUUCCCGAUGGGCCGGGAGGGGGAGCUGAGGCUGGGCCUGGAGGCCUUCCACUCCUACUUCCUACAGCUCUGCAGCACCAUGGACCCGGACGCCGACGCGGACAUAGGGCCGCCCCUACAUAUCAUGGACUUCCACAUGGGCCAGGGGGACGUUGGAGCGGCGGCAGGGGAAGGGGAGGCUGGGAUUGUGGUGGGCCCCGAGGUCGAAGGUCAGCCAGAGGACGGAGGAGUAGGAGGAGCGUCAGGCUUCAUGCCCUUGGAGGAUCAUGGGCCUGAGGUGGACAUGGGCAUGGACGCGGACGUCGACGAGCACAUCGAGAGGCAUCAGAACCAGAGUGUGAGUGACAGGAGGAUGCUGAGGGAGAGAGCUGCCAUCAAGCCAGUCGCCGCGGAGACACAGUCACAGAAGGAAGUCGUGGAUGUGUGGAAGUGGCAUGACUUGUAUACAGCUGUUGGGGAGGACAAACCUGUGGCCACAGGGCGAUGUUGCAAUGUGCCGCCAGGUUUGGACGAGUCUGGCAAAAGGAAACGUAAAGGUUCAUCCAAACUAGAGGAGUUUGGAACAUGGUGGAGUAAAACAAACAAGACGUCUGAGCGCAAGCUGAAAAAUGGCCCCUCAAUCCCAGAACUGAACUAUAUUUAUCAGAGUAAGAUGAAGGAGCGCGUCCGAGCCAAUAGAAACCACCUGAGGACCAGGGGUGUUGUGGUGAGUGAGGAGCAGCUGAUCAGGACUUAUCUGGAGGUGGAGGAGGAGCCUGUGGAGCAGGAGGAGCCGGAGGAGAUGAGGCACCAGGGGCUGGACGGUGAUGAUGACGGGCCAGACGGAGGUGACGACUUUGUCCUCAACUUCAGCCCAGAGGAGGAGGGCGGAGACAGGCAAGAGGCAUUACCUGACAUGCCAAUGGAGGAUCUCAGCUAUGAGGACAUGGUCAAGAGGAGCAUGGACCAGUUCUUUGCCAAUGCGGAGCACUACGCCAGGGUCACAGCCCUCUCCACGCGGGUACAGGACUGGGAGAAGCAGAUCAAGCCCCAUCUCGCUGCGGAGGAGGAGAGGGGCGUGUACGAUAUCCGUGAGUAUGGCGACCACAUCAUCACAGCGUUCAGUCAAGUGAAGGAGAAGCGCACCUUCGCCUCCAUCGUGGCCGGCAAGAACAACCACGAGGUCUGCAGAUACAUGCUGGCAUGCCUACAGCUGGCCAACGACGCAACGGUGGAGAUCAGCAAGGAGGGGAAGACGCUGGAGGAGACGGUGGACAGCAUGACCCUCACGCUGCUGAGCGAACGCCGCGCACACGACCGCCUCAAGGCCUACAGCACCAAUGCUGGCCUGGAGGCGCAAGUACAUGCAGCGGCAGCAGAGAUGCAAGUGUAGUCAGAGCAUUUGAGCAAACAUCGGGCA